AUCCUUCCCAUUUCUCGCCAGUUUCACCCGGGCAGGGCUGCCGUUAACGUCUCCUCGUCAGUCAGGACAAGGAAGAAACACUCGCGGUACGCGCUGUUUACGAGCCGAGGCGCAUCAAACGAGCCCAAUGCUGGUCGUCGACACCGCCGAACGCUUCAGACAGCUCCUGGCCAACAACCCGGCCCUCAAAACACCAAACAUGAACCAGCAGUGCAAGGUCUGCAACGAGCCAGCUGCCGGUUUUCAUUUUGGGGCUUUCACGUGUGAAGGAUGCAAGAGCUUUUUCGGAAGGACGUACAAUAACCUGAGCUCGAUUUCGGAGUGCAAGAACAACGGUGAAUGCGUGAUCAACAAGAAGAACAGGACGUCGUGCAAGGCGUGCAGACUGCGGAAGUGCCUUCUCGUCGGGAUGUCGAAGAGCGGCUCCAGGUACGGAAGGAGGUCCAACUGGUUCAAGAUUCACUGCCUCCUCCAGGAGCAGGGCGGCCUGCCCGCCGUCAAGAAGGAAGACGAAGAAGAAGAAGCGCAGAAAGAAAGGAGGUUCACCCCGCCUCCACCGUUCUACCCCCAGCCACGACGGCACUUCCUCUUCCCCCAGGAACCCUGGCAACCCUGGCCUCCGACGCCCCCGGAAGCACCUCAAGACCAGCCUAUCGACCUGUCACUAAAACCCAGGACGGAUUCGGAAGUCUUAGACCUGACGAAACGGCAAGCGCUGGCCGGUUGGUCAUCUUAACACCUUCCAUAAAAAAAUGUAUAUACUCUUCUGUAUCAUUCUAUUUGUAUUGACAUGUAUAAAAGUUAUAAUUUUUUUCCUUAUCGAUGUAUCCACGAUAAUUACUAAAAAGAAAAUAUUUCUAAAACAUCAGAUCUGAGCAGUAGUAAAAUCAUGUUCCUUUUAAAUACUGCCUUGAAAGUCAAAAAAUAAAAAUUUGUAUGAAAAUAUAUAAAAAUUAUUUACAAAAAAAAAUUCAUAAAAGACAAAUAUGUUAAUACUAUUUGUAAAAAAAUGUUCGAUCGACGGAAUGUGUUAAACUUAAGUUAUUUUAUAAAUACCAUAAUAAUUUUAAAAAAAAAUGUGUUUUGUUUUUAAAGAAUCAAAAUAAUUUUAAAAAAAUAUCUAUAAAAAAUUGUAAAUAUAUAUUUUUUUGCGAAUGUAAAUAAAUCGUGCCAAAAAAUUAAGCAUCGACGCCCACCAAGUGAACAAAGCACUCUGUGCCAAGACCCGCUGUACAUAUUAUAUUUUUUUAAUGAUGCCAUCAAAUCUCGUGCAUGUAAAGAAAGUGAUAUAUUUUGUAUUUUUUAUUUAUUACGUGUUGUAUUUUUCUUUUUUUUCCUCUUUUUUGUGCGACAUAAGACUGUACGCGGCCAGUUGGAUACUACUAUAGUUAUCAAAUGCAUGUAGUAGAACUAUAGCGAUAUGUUGUCGAUUUUUUAAAAUAAAAAAAAAUAUAUUUGUUAAACUGUUAUAUUUACCUACAACUCACA